AUGGAAACCCUAAUUUCAAAUUACCGUGUAUUCGAGAUCCCUACAGCAAGGCCAGAGGUUAAGGAAGCGGUGGAGAUUUGUUUAGCAGUCGGGAUUACUGUGUGUAUGGUUACGGGUGAUAAUAUUAACACAACUCGAGCCAUUGCCAAUGAAUGCGGUAUACUGACUGAAGGUGGGUUAGCCAUUGAAGGGCCAGUGUUUCGAGCUAAAUCAACUGCAAAAAAUCAUGAACUAGCACCGAGAAUUCAGGUAAUGGCUAGAUUAUCACCAACAGACCAGUUAAAGUUUGUAGAGCAUUUGUGGGGUCUGUCUGAAGUUGUUGCAGUCACAGUUGAUGGGACAAAUGAUGCUCCAACUUUACAUGAAUCAGAUAUCGGAUUCGCCAUGGGUAUAACAGGAACAAAGGUUGCAAAAGAACAAGCUGAUGUAAUCGUGUUGGAUGAUGAUUUUGAAACAAUCAUAAAAGUAGCAAAAUGGGGACGGGCAGUUUACUUAAACAUUCAGAAGUUUGUUCAGUUUCAGCUAACUGUCAACAUCGUUGCUCUAAUGAUUAAUUUUGUUUCAGCCUGCAUUACAGAGUCUGCACCCCUUACUACAAUGCAAUUGCUAUGGGUGAAUCUAAUAAUGGACACUUUAGGUGCAUUAGCCCUAGCCACUGAACCACCAAAUGAUGGACUCAUGAACAAACCACCAGUAUUUAAUGAAGUAAACAGUCGGGACAUUCACAAGAUAAACGUGUUUCAUGGGAUGUUGAGCAGUUGGAUAUUCGUUAGUGUCAUGGUGUCUACUGUUGUUUUUCAAGUUAUUAUUUUGGAAUUCCUUGGCACUUUUGCAAGCACUGUGCCACUAGACUUGGAACUCUGGGCACUUAGCAUUGCAAUUGAGUUAGGGCUAAUAACCUUGAUGGAUUCGGAAUUGGAGAAUCCAAUUGGUGCAACAUUUGAGGAAGAUCUCGAUAAGAUGCUUCCUAAGUGUGACAUUAUUGUCAUCAAUACCCCUUUAACAGAAAAAACAAGGUGGGGUAUAGUGGAGAUGAUUUAUUUUUGGUGUGUUUUAGGGUAUAGUGGAGAUAUUUGGUAUCCUCAGCCAGCUCCAAAGGAUCAUCCAUGGAGAUACAUGCCAAAUCAAGCAAUGACACCUCACAUUUAUGGAACAAUCGUUGAUGCACAUGUAUAA